AUGGCGUUGUCCAUUGACGGCCAAAUCCGGUAUUCAAUUCCAGAGGAAAUGAAGAAAGGUUCUGUUAUCGGUAAUGUUGCACAAGAUCUUGGUUUGGAUUUGAGUAGGCUGCGUUCUGGCCGUGCCCGUAUCGUGAGCGGAGAGAGCAACCAGUACACCGAGCUGAAGGCGGACAAAGGGAUUUUAGUCGUGAAUGAGAAAAUUGACAGAGAGCAGCUCUGCGGAGAGGACCAGAACGAUAACCCUCCGCAGGUUCUGUAUCCAGUCCAGACUGGUGGCUCCAUGGUGGCUGAAAUGGUGCCUCGUUCAGCAGAUGUGGGCUACCUGGUGACUAAAGUGGUGGCUGUGGAUGUGGACUCUGGACAGAAUGCCUGGCUCUCCUAUAAACUCCAGAAAGCCACAGACAGAGCGCUCUACUCCAUUCCCGAGGAAAGUCCAAAAGGAUCAUUAAUCGGUAACAUCGCUCGGGAUUUGGGUUUGGACAGUAAACGGUUAUCUUCGGGAAACGCUCGAAUUUUUACUGGAGACAACACGGAUUACAUUGAGCUGAAAAGAGAACGGGGAGUCCUCAUUGUCAAAGAAAAGAUGGACAGGGAGCUGCUUUGUGGCCAGACGACGCCUUGUGCCCUUCAUUUUCAGGUUAUUCUGGAAAAUCCCAUGGAGUUUUACACUGUUGCUGUUGAAAUUGUCGAUUUAAAUGACAACGCUCCAUUAUUUGAAAAGUCGGACAUGAAAUUUAAAAUAAGCGAGUCGGCGGUGAUAGGAGCAAAAUUCUUGCUGGAGAGAGCCAUAGAUCCCGAUGUUGGCAUGAACGGUCUUCAGAGUUAUUUUCUCUCCAAAACAGAACAUUUUGCUUUGAAGCUGAAAGAUCAACCAGACGGUGAAAAGAUUGUUGAAAUGGUUUUGCAGAAAUCUCUUGACAGAGAGAAACAGGAGGAGCUAUUUUUAGUGUUAACUGCAGUGGACGGAGGAGAACCGCAACUAACCGGCACAGCAAAAAUACACGUCACGGUGCUUGAUGCUAAUGACAAUGCGCCAGUUUUUACGAAGCCACUUUACAAAGCUACUAUUCCAGAAAAUGCCCCUAAGGGUACAGUUGUAAUCAGAGUUAGUGCCUCUGAUGCAGAUAAAGGAUUAAACUCCAAAAUACUUUAUUCUAUCUCCAAUACAAUAGCAGAUAUACGAGAUUUGUUUAAGAUGAAUGAAUCAAAUGGCGAUCUGAUAUUAGCUGAUAGUAUAGAUUACGAGAAAGCGCGUUACUAUCAGAUACACGUACAAGCAAGUGAUGAAGGAGGAUUAACAGAUUCCUGUAAAGUAACUGUUGAUGUUGCAGACAUUAAUGAUAAUAAACCCGUUAUUAAUGUAAUAUCACAGAUUAACAUAAUUCCAGAAGACUCUAAACCGGAGACAAUAGUGACCAUGGUAAAUGUUCAGGACAUAGAUUCAGGAGAAAACGGCAAAGUUCACUGUGCAAUUAAUGAACAGAUUCCUUUUACAUUAAAACUAGCAACAGGUGGUUUCUUUAAUCUUGUGACAGAAAGUAAAUUGGACAGAGAAACAGGAUCCGGGUAUAAUAUCACUGUUCUCUGCUCUGAUGAAGGAGUUCCUUCACUUUCCAGCAGCGUCACUCUCACUUUGCAAGUCUCUGAUGUCAAUGACAACGCACCUCUAUUUGAGAGGAGCUCAUAUGAGGCCUACAUUGUAGAAAACAACACACCAGGUGUGUCUAUGUUCACAGUGAAAGCUACAGACACUGAUUGGAACCAGAAUGCUCGUGUUUCUUACAUACUGGAGGACUCCUCUGUUAACGGAGUGCCAGUCUCCUCCUAUGUGUCCGUCAGUGCUGAUAGUGGAGUCAUCCAUGCAGUUCGAUCUUUUGACUAUGAACAGAUCAAAGAUUUCCAGUUAAGCAUUAAAGCGCAGGAUGGAGGCUCUCCUCCUCUGAGCAGCAACGUGACUGUGAAAAUCCUGAUCCAGGACCAGAACGAUAAUCCUCCUCAGGUUUUGUACCCAGUCCAGACUGGUGGCUCCAUGGUGGCUGAAAUGGUGCCUCGUUCAGCAGAUGUGGGCUACCUGGUG